AUGGCCCUUCUCUCGUUGACGGUUUACGACGAGCUGAGGCGAUGCUUUUUUGACGCGGGCCCCUCUAGCACAAAUGAGCCGGAGAUUGCGAAGCGGUUUUGUGCGGAAGCCAGUUUGGGUGACCUGUUGCGAUGGCGCCUCGUAUCUCGGGCAUUUUUGCGAGCUGCUGAUGAACGCUUGAGCCAAUAUCAUAAAGUUCACAUCAGGGUGUAUGAGGGACUCUACCACCUCCACAAGCAAAAAGUUAAGCCAACGAAGCCACUUGGAGAAGACGUCACCUGGCAUCCCUCAGCUUGCCUUUUACUUUGCGCUAUGGAUGCGCAAACUCUGGGGAUUGCUGUCGAUGCGAAGCCUUCUUGGAAGGACAUUUCUGCCCUUAUUAAACUACUCCAGUUCUUCCGCCAGUCCGUCCAAUUUGUUCAUAUGGACAGCCCGAUCAUUGAAUUGUUGUUGAAAGACCUAAACAAUCAAAAAGUAACGGAACUCCUCCGAUUACUCAACGAGUCUCGCCGUCCGGGAUGGAAAGUCCCGUACACGGAGCAUUGCGUAGCUUCCCGCUUCGAACCCCAUCCUCUCAUCGGCCCAUUCUUCCCCAGACUCAAGCAGUUCACCAUUACCAGCAAUCCAAAACAACUGAACGCCCUCUCGCGUUUGAUGAACUAUUCGAUUGCUGUGGAUCAGAUUUUUCAAAAGGAGAAGGUGGAUCUGGUGUGUCUACAGGUAAUUCUUGGAGAAUCUUGGUGCCGUUCGAAGCAGAGGUUGUUCCGACAUGUUAAUACUUUCAAAAAGUGGUCCGAAGCCAGUGAACUCGGCGUCCGUUACGUCCAACAGUUCCAAGGAGAUCAGAAAAAGCGAAAGCCAAAGCUC